AUGGCAAUAGAGGAUGAGGUCCUUGUGUCUGACCCUGUCAUUGAGAAAGAACCAGUUUUGAAAGCCUUGAGAGAUACGAGUGUUCCAACUGAUAAGCAAGCUACAAUAGAUGACAAUAAUCCCCCAUCAGUCAGAGACGAGGAUGAAGUCUUGAGAAACGAUUUUGUUUCCAAUGCAUAUGCUUUCACAUUCAAUGAGCUUAAAAUAAUUACAAAGAACUUCAGAUUGGAUUUGCUAUUGGGGAAAGGAGGUUUUGGCAAAGUUUACAAAGGAUUCAUUGAUGAGGACAUGAAAGCAGGGCUUAAAGCCCAACCUGUUGCUGUCAAGGUCCUUGACCUAGAAGGUCAUCAGGGCCACAAAGAAUGGCUGGCAGAAGUAACUAUUCUGGGGCAGUUGAGUCAUCCACAUUUGGUGAAACUUAUUGGGUAUUGCUGUGAAGGUAAACACAGACUACUGGUUUAUGAGUUUAUGGCUAAAGGAAGUGUUGAAAACCAUCUAUUUCGAAAGAUGUAUAUACCACUUUCCUGGCAAAAAAGAAUGCAGAUUUUGCUUGGUGCUGCCAAAGGGUUAGCAUUUCUUCAUUGUGCUGACAAGCCAAUUAUUUAUUGUGAUUUUAAAACAUCAAAUAUUCUGCUGGAUCAGGAUUAUAUGGCAAAACUUUCAGACUUUGGACUUGCAAAAUGUGUGUCUAAGGUCGAUCAGACUCAUGUUUCGAGUCAUGCCAUGGGUACAUAUGGUUAUGCAGAUCCGGUGUAUGUCAUGACUGGUCAUGCAACAGUUAAAAGUGAUGUGUAUAGCUUUGGUGUUGUAUUACUGGAAAUGCUUACUGGUAGGCAAUCUAUUGAUGAGACAAGGCCUGGCAAAGAAUACAACUUGGUUGAGUGGGCUCGUCCACUUCUUAAAAAUAAAAGGAAGUUGUUACAAAUAAUUGAUCCUAGAAUGGAGAAAGAAUAUUCUACAAAGGAAGCUCAGAAAGUUGCAGACUUGGCAUAUCAAUGUCUUAGCCAAAAACCUAAAUCUAGGCCAAUUAUGAAGGAUGUUGUUGAAACAUUGGAGUCUCUCCAAAUUGAGAAUGAUCUAGCAAAUAUAUCAUUCAUAUACACCAUAGAUAAUGGUUUGAUUAUGUAUAAAAUUCAUAGUGAGCCCAAUUGA